AUGCUGCCGAGGAUACCAGAAACCGACACUGACCUGGACGGCGUGCCUGAUUGCAUUGACCAGUGCCCAAGCGAUGCAAACAAGGUCUUGAUAGGGGGCUGUGGCUGUGGCUUGCCUGAUGUGGACUCCGACAAUGAUGGCAUGCCAGAUUGCUUGGAUCGCUGUCCCAACAAUGCGAACGUGACGGCAAUUAACGCAUGCGGCUGUGAUGACACCGACACAGAUGGUGAUGGUGUGCUUGACUGUAUUGACCUGUGCUUCCAGGAUCCCCAAAAGACCACAGAAGGGAAGUGUGGCUGCAAUGUGGCCGACACGGACACUGAUGGAGACGGUGUGCCUGACUGCUAUGAUGCCUGCCCUGGUACUCCCGAUGUCGCACGUGAUGGCCUCAACCCAACCUUUGGUGGCUUUGUGACUGCUGCCGGAGGUACAUACAGCUUGUGUUGGUGUUCAGCCAGCUUUGACUGUUCCACGCCAGAUGUAUUUGUCAUUAGUGUGGGCUCCCUGACAAUCAUUGGACCUUCUCCACUGACUCAGCAUCGCACCUGUGUUGCAGGCCAGGCCUGCCAUGUCGAUAGCCUGGAAGGCACCCAUCUCAAUGCGCAGGAUCAAUUUGCCGUGCUCGCCACAUGUGGCUCGCUCACAGAGGUUGGAGGCCUUCCAAACAGUGGUUGGUUCACCUCGAAUCUCACGGUACAAGGGCUGGGCUUCCAAGAUGUUCGAAUUACCGGCCAAGGUGGGACAUAUCGUCUGUGCUGGUGUGCCCAUGAUCAGGGAUGCACGAAGCCAGCACAGUUCCGCGUCGAUCUGGGGCAGUUCCACGUCGUGGGCCCAGCGCCCUUAGAGCAGAGCUGGACUUGCAUCAAUGGCCAAACCUGCAGUUUAGAUUCCUUGACCGGUAUUGACCUGGCAGAAUACGAUCGGGUUGUAGUGAUGGAGACUUGCAUGGUAAAUCAAGUGGGCCGCUUCCCUUGGACCGUGCUGCCCUUGGCAGCAUCGGCGAGCGGGAGCUCCUAUCAGUUUGAGCCUGAGCGCCUCACGUCAGGUCAGUACCGUCUUUGCUGGUGCGCAACAGGUAUGAGCUGCAGCACUUUCGAGGAUUUCAGCAUUGAUGUGGGAGCUUUGAACCUGGUAGGGCCAUCGCCGCUGCAGCAAGAUCGAACCUGUGUCGCAGGGCAAACGUGCAACUUUGAGGGCUUUUCUGCUUUUGGAAGUUCAACUGGUGGAGCCAGUGGAAUGGGCACGAUCUGGAUUCUGAGCACCUGCGGUAGCGACGGAGAUCAAUUGGAACGACUUCCACAAGGGGGACAGGUGCAGGGCAGGAGCCCUCGACCGUCCUGGGGGUGCAGUGCAGCUGCAGGAGACAGCGAUGGGGAUGGCAACCCGGAUUUCCUGGACUUAUGCCCUGUUGAUCCCUCACAGAGCCAGCCUGGUCUUUGUGGUUGUGGUGUGCCCGACACAGACUCUGAUGCCGACGGCACUGCGGACUGUUUCGACUCGUGCCCAAGCGAUCCAUUGAAGUCAUCUCCUGGAACCUGCGGGUGUGGCACAAGCGACACGGAUUCGGACUCUGAUGGUGUGCCUGAUUGUAUGGACAGAUGCCCAUCAGAUGCAGCCAAAGCACUUCCUGGCAUUUGCGGAUGUGGAGUUGCAGACACUGAUUCUGAUGGGGAUGGCGUGCCGGACUGUGUCGAUGAUUGUCCAGGCGCCCCCGACCAGACCCCACCUGUUUGUGGAUGCACGGCUGCCACUUUGGACCUUGACGGAGAUGGGACCAACAACUGUUUCGAUGGCUGCCCUCUGGACCCGGCAAAGAUCACGCCAGGCACUUGCGGGUGUGGCUUAGCAGACACCGACUCUGAUAGCGACGGUACUCCUGAUUGCAACGACGGCUGUCCAUCAGACGCGGCCAAGACAGCUCCAGGUCAGUGCGGCUGCGGAGCUGCGGAUACCGACACUGACUCUGAUCUCACUGCAGACUGCAAUGAUCUGUGUCCAGGCGACAGCAACAAAGUGGUUCCUGGAAAAUGUGGUUGUGGGAUUUCCGAUGUCGACUCCGAUAAUGAUGGAGUGCCUGACUGUUAUGACAGGUGCCCUGGCUUGCCUGAUUAUCGCCCACCAGAGCCACUGUCGAUGUACACCUUUGGCGAAGCCCGCUUAUCCAGCGCAGGAGGGCUCUAUCGUUUGUGCUGGUGCUCGCCGGAUGCGCACUGCCAAUCUCAGGACGAUUUUGCAGUUGAUGUCGGAGGUCUAACAGUGAUUGGUCCAAGUCUGCAUCAGCAGCGCACGUGCUUGAGUGGCAGAAGGUGCCGUGUUGGUGGCAUGGAUGGUUCCCUACUAUCAGGAGGUGAUCAAGUCUUAGUGCUCGACACUUGUUCUUUAUUGUCGGAUGCAAAUAUCUCGAUGUCUCCACAGUUGGAGGCGCAGCUCAACAGGUACAACGGCUCCGAUCUGGCUGCCUUCGCUUCCACCGGCGCUCUCGAGCUGGCAGGAGGCACUUAUCGACUCUGCUGGUGUGCAGGAGGUUUCACUUGCUCUAGUCUGCCUGACUUUCAUGUUGAUUUUGGCAGCAUGCUGGUAAUUGGUCCGAGGCCUUUGCGCGAACAGCACGCUACGUGCUUCACAGGGCAAACUUGCACACUGCAGGAAAUUGCAGGCAACUACUUUGGUGAUGGUGAUGGAAUCAUGUUGCUGGAGACUUGUGGGCUUGCCGACAGCAUGGACAGCCCCAGUCUAACAGGCUUCCAGACGUUCCUGGACGUUCCGAGCAGUGUGAGUGUCUCGUUCGAGCAAGGUGCGUCAACUUUGUCAGCAGUCUCGACAAGUACCAGUUCCGCAGGUGGCAUUUAUCGCCUGUGCUGGUGCGCCAACGUGACAAUAGAGGCCACGCCUUCUGAGUGUGGUGCCGAUGUGGGUGCACUUUACCUUCUUGGGCCAAGGCCUCUUCAGCAAGAUCGCACAUGCAUAGCUGGAUCUUCAUGUGUUCUGAAUGGCAUCACAGGGAUUGGGCUCUCAAGUGGUGAUCGCCUUCUUGUGCUGAACACUUGUAAUCUGGGCCUGGGACAAAAACAUGCAGAGACGGAGUUUUUUGUUUCGGCCUCAGGUGUGUGGCAGGUUGGACUUAUGGGCUCUAUGUUUGUAAUGCCCACGGACGUCGUCGGAGCCAGUGGUGGCAGCUACAGGCUCUGUUGGUGUGCCACGCCUUGCAGCAUGCUAUCACAUUACUCCGUGGACAUGGGGCAGCUAACGGUUACGGGGCCCCUUGCGUUGAGGGAGCAGCACCGGACCUGCAUCUCAGGGCAGAUCUGCAACAUCAAUCCGAUCCAGGGGUGGUUCUUGACCACCGGAGACAGCUACAUUCUGCUCGAAACUUGCGGAGACACUGUAAUCGUCCCUGGUAUUCCAAACUCUGGACGAUUCACCAGUUCUAUCGUUUCCAUGCCAGGAGGAGUUGGCUCUGCAAGAUCAUUUGCAGGCCUUUCUCUUUCAACUCUUUCGGCUGCUGGGGGUCUGUAUCGGAUCUGUUGGUGCGCAGGUGCUACAUCCUGCGAGCAAACGUCGAGCUUUGAUGUGGAUGUGGGUCAGAUCCUGCUUGUGGGACCGCAGCCACUCAAUCAAGAUCGGACUUGUGUGUCUGGACAGCCCUGCCUGCUAGACGCGAUUGCCGGAGUUGCGCUCAGUACCGCAGAUCGGUAUCACAUUUUGGAUACAUGUGGGUCGUCACCAGGCCCGCCAAAAUUCACCGGUGCAGGGGUGGACGAGGUCAAUUCCUCACUUCGCUUAAGUGAGUCCAUCGUCUCAUGGGGGCAAUCGCCCGUGACUGCACCUGGUGGUUCGUACCGCAUUUGUUGGUGCGCAGCAGGCCAAGUCUGUAGUGCCGCUGAAGACUUUGUCAUUGACAUCGGGGGUCUGACCCUUGUUGGACCAACCCCGCUCAUCAGUGGGGCCACAUGUGUGGCGGGUCAGACAUGCGUGGUCGCAGGUAUUUCAGGCAACUUCCUGAGCGCAGCCGACGCAGGAAUGUUGUUGGACACCUGCGGGGUGCCUGCAACAACACCGGGCCUCACGGGCAUCUCAGGCAUCCCCCUCACCUCGGAUGGGACAAGCCUCCGCUUGGAAGGAAGCGGCCUGCAAGGCACCCCAGUGACCGCUCCUGGAGGUGAGUACCGCAUCUGUUGGUGUGCUGGUGGCUUCGACUGCUCGCUGGCUGAGAACUUCAUCUCGGACAUCGGACAGCUGAUGCUGAUUGGACCGAGCCCACUGGCCCAGGACCGGACGUGCCUGGCAGGCAGGGUGGCAGGAUGUGGCACCAUUUGCUUGCAACAUGCUUGA